AUGGGUCUCACCUCACUCGGAACCACGAUCGCGAUACUCGCCAACUUCAGGUCUCUAUCCAUAGGUGUUUCCACUGAAAAGCAUUCACUCCGAUCGCUUGUAUUUUCAGCGCGCGUCAAGCUCAGACAGGUGAGCGUUCCCUCGGCCUUCUUUAGAUCGGCUGAAAUUCGUGAGCCCAAAACGGUCAUUCAGAAAACUGCUCUCCGCGGAACUUGGCAUGGGGAAGAUAUCGGCCACAACUCACCUCACAAGACGGUUGUGGAUCUUGUGGUACUGCUUCAGCUGGGGACUCCAGAGCUCAAACGAAGUGCCACCUCCUACCACAAUGUUUCCGUGGACGUCCCACAGCAGCCACACUGCGCUGCUCCGAGUGAGAGCCGUGUGGUACCGAGACCGGGUGUUCGACGACUCCUGUGCGCGAUGAUGUUGUGCUCGAAAUUGAGCUGCGCCUUGCAGAAUGUGAGACAGAUUUCAUCGACCUCCUCCCUAUUCAUGGACAGAGACAGGAAAGCUCAGCUGAGGGCUUUGCCAACGAAGGACGAAGGAACUCAGGGAGUGCGGUCGGUGGAUAUCGCACCUGCGGAAGAGAAUCUAGUUGACCGUGUCACCUUUAGUACUCUUUUCAACGGCGUGCCUUACAAGGAUCUUCCGAUUGUCCACGUCAAAUGCAGCAUGAACAACACACUAUGCACGCUCACCCAGGCUAACGGCAAUGUAAUCGCGAGGCGUUCCGGAGGGACGGAAGGCUACAAGCACACAAAGAAAGGUACCACCGUGGCGGCGCAAGCUGCCGCUACUUCGAUCGCCUACCGAGCGUUCCGAGUCUCGCUGAAGGACGUCCGGCUCGUCGUCAAAGGUCUAGGGCCCGGCCGUUUGGCCUCUGUGAAAAGUCUCCAACAAGCAGGUCUCAAUAUUGUGUCAAUCACCGAUCACACUCCGGCUUCCUUAUGUCCUCCUAGACCUCGGAAGCCGAAAAGACUCUAGUUUGUUUAGGAUAAGAUAUGGAGCAUUCAAUAAAUGUUUUAAGGUCA